GCCCGCCCGUCCACCGCGUCGGUCGGGGUCAGAGUGCGCGGAGGUGAGUCGGUGUGUUGUGGACUCGUGGUGCUGGCUGCCGCUGUUGAGGCUGCCUGGAACGGGCUGUGGGAAGCGGGCGGAGCUGGCCCUGCUUCUGCCUGGCCAGCGCCGCAGGCGGCGCGGGCCGUGCCCGCUGCCGUCAACUGCCCGGAGCGUCUGCUGAGGCCGAGGGAGACGCCGGGGCCUGCACCUGGAGAGAGCCUGCCGUGCUGGCCCGGAGGAGGGGGCGUUGCCAUGGCGACAGCCUCUCCGGCAGCUGACGGGGGGCGGGGGCGGCCCUGGGAAGGAGGGCUGGUCUCCUGGCCCCCUGCCCCUCCCCUUACGCUUCCCUGGACCUGGAUGGGCCCGAGCUGGGGGCAACACCCUGGGCAUUGGGGCUUUCCAGCUCUCACAGACCCUUCAGCAUCUCCAGCUGCCAGUCUUGGCAUCUUCGAAGUAAGGAGAGUUUUAGAUGCCUCUGGAUGUUCAAUGCUAGCGCCGUUACAGACGGGAGCGGCUCGGUUCUCUUCAUAUUUACUUUCAAGAGCAAGAAAAGUGCUGGGCUCCCACUUGUUAUCUCCCUGUGGCGUUCCGGAGCUCUGUUCCAUAUCCACCAGAAAGCUGGCGGCCCACGGCUUUGGCGCGGCAAUGGCGGCAAUGGUGCCCUUCCCUCCCCAGAGGUAUCACUACUUUUUAGUGCUGGACUUUGAGGCCACAUGCGACAAGCCACAGAUCCACCCUCAGGAAAUCAUUGAGUUCCCCAUCCUGAAGUUAAAUGGCCGGACCAUGGAAAUCGAGUCUACCUUUCACAUGUAUGUCCAGCCUGUAGUCCACCCACAGCUUACCCCCUUCUGUACAGAGCUCACCGGGAUCAUUCAAGCCAUGGUGGAUGGCCAGCCAAGCCUGCAGCAAGUGCUGGAGAGGGUCGAUGAGUGGAUGGCGAAGGAAGGCCUCUUAGAUCCAAACGUCAAGUCAAUCUUUGUCACCUGCGGAGACUGGGACCUGAAAGUCAUGCUUCCAGGACAGUGCCAUUAUCUAGGCUUGCCAGUGGCGGAUUACUUCAAGCAGUGGAUUAAUCUAAAAAAGGCUUACAGCUUCGCCAUGGGCUGCUGGCCCAAGAAUGGACUACUAGACAUGAACAAGGGUCUCAGCCUGCAGCACAUAGGCCGGCCCCACAGCGGCAUUGGUCAGUCCCUCCACAAAUCCCCCUGGCAGCUUGCUCAGUCCCCAGCCUGCAUGCCUCAGUCCCCUGGUCCUUCCAUGGAAGUCUGCUGGCAUAGUCUUGAGAAAACCAAGAUGCUCCAAAGGACUGGAGGCAAAGAAGACCAGCCAUCCAUCACCUUAGAAGCUGGACACGAGGACCAUGACUUAGAGCUGUGACAUUCAAAGGACUUGGAAUGGCAGAUGUCAGGCUGGAAAAGAUGACUGCAAGAACAUUGCCAACAUCAUGAAGACAUUGGCAUACCGAGGCUUCAUCUUCAAGCAGACAUCAAAGCCCUUCUGAUUGGCAGAGGACGGGAUGGGGCAGGACAGGGUAGCUGCUUGGCCCAAACCAGAAUCCUCCUCUCCCUCACCAGAGGGAAAAGGGAGAGUGGCACAGCUCUGCGCCCAGAGUGUCCCCCAGCUGCCCUACAGGCUUGUGCCCUGUGUGAGGGCAUGGCCACUUGGCCCCUCUGGAGCAGACACUUUGUGCCCCACCCCACUCCCAUUCCUCAGUCUCAGCCCAGUAUUAGCCCCUGCCAUUAUGGGCCUGGGCUAGGGGGAACCCAGGUACUCAACUGCCUUCUCCCUAGUACACAGGCUUCUGCUGGGGCCACCAAGCCCUCCCUGUGCCCCUCCCAUCCAUAGUGCAUGGUGUGUGGUGCCCCCAGGGCUCCAGGACAGAUCAGGCCCCACCUUGUGUCCACCCUCCCCUCAUCCCUGCUGUGAACGUGCCACUUGAAUAAAGUCGGGGAAACAAGGUC